AUGGCCUAUCCAAUUACAUUGUGCCAGAUCACGUCCUCUGCCUACGAGGUCCACUCAGGUAUGUUGCGUCAGACCAUGUCGUCUGCUUACAUGGUCUACCCAGUUACGUUGCUUCACACCAUGUCCUCUGAUUACAUUGUCUACCUAGGUACAUUGUCAGACCAUGUCUUCCGCCUACAUUGCCCACUCAGGGACGUUGCAUCAGACCAUGUCCUCUGCCUACAUGGUCAUCUUAGGUACAUUGUUUCACACCCUGUCCUCCGCCUGCAUGGUCCACUCAGGUACGUUGCAUCAGACCAUGUCCUCCACCUGCAUGGUCCACUCAGGUACGUUGCAUCAGACCAUGUCGUCCACCUUCAUGGUCUCCCCAGUUACAUUGCGUCAGACCAUGUCCUCCACCUAUAUGGUCCUCUCAGCUACAUUGUUUCACACCAUGUCCUCCGCCUGCAUGGUCCACGCAGAUGUGUUGCUUCAGACCAUGUCCUCCGCCUACAUGGCCUACCCAAUUACAUUGCACCAGAUCACGUCACUCAGGGACGUUGCAUCAGACCAUGUCCUCUGCCUGCAUGGUCAACUCAGGUACGUUGUCAGACCAUAUCCUCUGCCUACAUGGCCUAUCCAAUUACAUUGCGCCAGAUCACAUCCUCUGCCUACGAGGUCCACUCAGGUAUGUUGCGUCAGACCAUGUCAUCUGCUUACAUUGUCUACCCAGUUACGUUGCUUCACACCAUGUCCUCUGAUUACAUGGUCUACCUAGGUACGUUGUCAGACCAUGUCCUCCGCCUACAUGGUCAACUUAGGUAUUGUUUCACACCGUAUCCUCCAACUACAUGGUCUACCCAGGUACAUUGUUUCACACCAUGUCCUACGCCUGCAUGGUCCACUCAGGUAUGUUGCAUCAGACCAUGUCCUCCGCCUGCAUGGUCAACUCAGGUACGUUGUCAGACCAUAUCCUUUGCCUACAUGGCCUAUCCAAUUACAUUGUGCCAGAUCACGUCCUCUGCCUACGAGGUCCACUCAGGUAUGUUGCGUCAGACCAUGUCGUCUGCUUACAUGGUCUACCCAGUUACGUUGCUUCACACCAUGUCCUCUGAUUACAUGGUCUACCUAGGUACGUUGUCAGACCAUGUCCUCUGCCUACAUGGCCUACCCAGGUAUGUUGCAUCAGACCACGUCCUCCGCUUACGUGGUCCACUCAGGUACAUUGUUUCACACAUUGUCCUCCGCCUACAUGGUCUACCAGAUACAUUGUCAGACCAUGUCGUCGGCCCACAUGGCCUACCCAGUUACAUUUGCAUCAGACCAUGUCCUCUGCCUACGUGGUCCACUCGGGUAUGUUGUUUCAGACCAUGUCCUCCACCUACAUGGUCAACUUAG